GCGACCCUGACAAAGAAGGAAAAAAAGAAAACAAACGAAAACGAGAAGGGCAAAAGGUGAACGGUGUGCAACUUAGGCGCUCAGAGGUCUUUCGCACGCUUCCUUUCAAUUACCGAGUUCCCGACGCACGACACUUUGCAUGUCUAACUCGCCCGCGGGUCCCGCUCUACCAUGGACCGUCCAGGCACCCCACCACAACCACAAUCACAAUCCGCUUCAAGACGGUCGACAUCCCCGCCGACACCAGAAGUCACCCGCCGCAUAGAAGUGUCGCGACUGCGUGCCAAAGCCAUCCGCCACCAGCGCGAAGCAGAGCAACGAUCCGUUCAACCCCCGGCCGAGCCGCGGACAGCCUCUGGCUUUGUCGACGCGGGAGAUAUUCAACUGACUGGCCCGGCCGGAAGGAAGCGGCCGUACGCAUCGAUCUCACGAUCCGAGGUACCCGCGACGAACCGUGAUGCGCGCGCAAACCCCUCCAAAGAUGGCGCCAACACAGACAACAGCGAUCUGCGGCCCGUGUCGCGCAAGUUCAGCAAAUAUGUCGACUACAACUUCAGUGCCAUGACCGACACCAAAGGCGGCUUUUUGAGCACAGAGGAUGACCCAUGGAGCAAGAGCAUGUCGACGGGUGCCUCCUCUGCCCCGUCCGGAUCCGAGCAGAAGCCAGCGCACAUGACGGUAGCCGAGUGGGAGCGGAUGCAGCUGAUCAAAAAGCUGCAGCAGAACAAGUCUGGCCCCUUCGGGCCAGCCUUAAGCGUUCUUGCCGACGAGAAGACGAAGAAAAGGUGUCGCGAGUGCGGCACCGUAGAGAUCGACUUUGUUUGGGAGGAAGUGUUUCACUGCGCAGUGUGUAACACGUGCAAGGAGAAGUAUCCGGAAAAAUACAGCCUUCUCACCAAGACGGAGUGCAAGGAGGACUACCUAUUGACGGACCCCGAACUCAAAGACACCGAGCUUCUCCCACAUCUUUCAAAACCAAACCCUCACAAGUCUCACUGGCACGAUAUGAUGCUCUUUCUCCGAUACCAGGUCGAGGAUUACGCAUUCAACCACAAGUGGGGUUCGCCCGAAGCCUUGGACGCCGAGUUUGAGAGGCGUGAGGCGGACAAAAAGAGGCGUAAGGAAGCCAAGUUCAAGGAAAAGCUACUGGAUCUGAAGCGCAAGACAAGGACCGAGGCCUUUAGGCGCAACAAUACAAAAUCAGGAAGUAGCACUGGCGUCCUGGGAGGGAUAGGAAAAGCGACCAAGUUCGGAGACACAGUCGGCGGCAGCGGGAAGCACGUGCAUGAAUGGGGCCGGGCGGUAGAGAACGCAGAGGGGAUAACGGUUAAGACAUGCGUGACAUGUAACAUGGAGGUUGAAGAGUUGGAGCUGUGAAGGUAUCAAUGUGCCAUUGUGAUCUUGAUCCGAAGUGGAACAAAACGUUCUCGGAUCCUGGUCUGGAUGGAGGACAUCAUGCAUGGUGUCCAGCACACCAACACACACACGAAAAAAAGGUUCAGCUUGGAAGUAAUUAUUGCAAGACACGUGAAACACUUGAGCAAUGCAAUUUGAUAUGUUAUG